AUGUCAAUAGAUGAGUUGUCAGACGAAAGAAAGGACUUAAUUUCCCAGUUUCAGGCUAUUACAGGCUUGGGGCCAGAAGAAGAAACCGAGAACAUACAUAAAUUGUUGAGGGUCAAUGACUGGAACCUUAAUAACUCAAUUUCUACCUACUUUGAUAGCAAAUUUGCAUCGGUCGAAUCACAACCGAUAAGUUCAGGGUUUGAGGAAUUAGACAAUCAGGAUAACAACACGCACUUGAGUCACCGUUCGUUUGGUGAUCGUGAUAAUGUCAUGAAUUUGCAGAGCCAAUUCGCUUUGGACAGCUUCCUUCCACGAUUACCCAAAGCUCCAAGAAUCUCUAAUAAUUGGCAAUUGGACGUCGGAAUUCACUCUUCAUUGAAAUCUGCAAGUAGUACUUCUGAUGCUAAGUCAUGGGAACAGAAGAAAUCACCGGUCACUUCCAUUUGGUUAAUAUUGUUGAUAAUUCCAAAGGCCGUUUUGCAAAUCAUAAUAUCGAUUUUCAGGUUUUUGUUUGGUAGCUCAGGCAAUAGAUCUACAAGUGUUAACAAAUUUCCCAGAGGAUUUGAUUAUGACAACUACGAUGACAGCCAUUCGUAUUUAAGUUGGUUGGCAAGUGAACUCAACAGCGAGUCGGAAAUGGAUAUAAAUUCAAGCAACGAAAAGUUUGAUGAUGUGGUGGAGAAGGUUGAAGAAGUUGACGUAAGAAGACCUUCUGUUUUAGACAACUUUAAUAUAAUUGACAGUGGUUUUAAUGGAACACACGAGCAAACCCAAAGUAACUACACAUGGUUGCUAGUAAUAUUAGUGAAUAACGAUCAGGAAUCUCAAGACUUCUUACAAAACUUAUUAAUAAAUGAUCAUUUCAACAGAAUAUUCAAUAAGAAUGAUGGAAUUUUCAAAGAGACAUCGAUAUAUUUGAAUAAUGUUGAGAAGGACCCUGAGUCAUUUGAAGUUGGCCAGGCAUACAAAGUAAAGAAGCUUCCAUAUAUCAUGCUAGUUGGCAAUGUUUCGAAUAAUCCGUCUAUAUUAUCAUCUAUGUCAAUAGUCUAUAAGUCAAACAUUCCCCAUGCAUUUAUAAGCAAUGGAGAAAACAUAGGAACCAUUAAAAAGAUCCUCAAAAAUGUACACAAAUUGAUGGAUAAUUUCAAUGCUCAGUUAAUAACCCAGAGAAUUGAUAAGCAAGAGAUAGAAAUAUCGCGUCUUUUAAAGCAACAACAGGACGAUGCGUACACUGAAUCAUUAGAGAAGGAUAGAUUAAAGAGGGUUCAGAAGGAAAAUGAAAUCAAAAUGAAACAUGACCUUGAAGAGUUAGUAAAACUAAGAGAAAACUUCUUGUUCUCGUUAAUCCAAACCAAGUGGUUCGAAGCCUUAAAUGACGACUCGUCCCCCAAAAUUAAAAUUUCCAUCAAAUUACCAAACGGUAAGAGAAUUAUCGAAGUCAUCCUGACAUCCAUCACCGUCAACGACUUGCAUUUGUAUAUCGAACUGAAGAUUUUCGUCAACGAUUUAAUAAAUUCCACCUUGAACGAUUGCAACAACGAAGACGAAAUUUUCAGUUACAUCAGCUCAUUGCAUUUACCCGAUGAAACAAUAUCUGUGGAUGACUACGUAGAGAAAUUUUCUUUCAAAUUCGAGUUAAUCCAACCUUUCCCGAAAAAGGUUUUUGCAUCUACUAACAACCCUGUUAGCUCUAUACCAGAAUUGAAAUCGGGUGUAAGUUUACUCGUUGAAUAUUUACAGGAGGAUAGCGAUGACUCUGAGAGUGACUAUCAGACUUGA